AUCUGUGUAAUUUAUACAAGGCAGCGUUUCCUUCAUUUGUCUGGUGUGAGGCGUCCAUUGUCAACGCUUUUUGCAAUAUUGCACACCGAGCGAUUCGGUUGUUUCUCUUUAGUUGUGUCUUUGAGUCAACAGAAACAAUGCGCGAAGUUAUCUCAGUCCAUGUCGGCCAGGCCGGAGUCCAGAUGGGCAAUGCCUGCUGGGAGCUGUACUGCCUGGAACACGGCAUCCAACCUGAUGGUCAGAUGCCCAGUGACACAUCCAUCGGAAGUUGUGAGGACUCCUUCAACACCUUCUUCAGUGAGACCAGUUCCGGCAAGCACGUCCCACGCGCCAUUUUCGUUGAUUUGGAGCCUACGGUAGUCGACGAGGUCCGCACCGGCACCUACCGCCAGCUUUUUCACCCUGAGCAGCUGAUCACAGGCAAGGAGGAUGCCGCCAACAACUACGCCAGGGGCCACUUUUCCGUCGGAAGAGAAAAAGUGGAUGAGGUCAUUGAUAAAAUCCGCAAGAUGGCCGACAAGUGCACUGGCCUCCAGGGUUUCCUCAUCUUCCACAGUUUCGGUGGAGGCACUGGCUCUGGCUUCAGCGCAUUACUCAUGGAGAAGCUAGCCGUGGACUUUGGCAAGAAGUCCAAGCUUGAGGUCGCGGUUUACCCUGCCCCUCAGAUGUCUUCCUCAGUGGUAGAGCCAUACAACUCUGUCUUAGCUACCCACACUACCCUGGAGCAUACCGACUGCGCCUUUGUCGUCGACAACGAGGCCAUCUACGACAUCUGCCGUCGUAAACUUGACAUCGAGCGGCCAUCUUAUGCCAAUCUCAACCGUCUGAUUGCCCAGGUCGUGUCCUCAAUAACAUCAUCUCUGCGCUUCGAAGGGUCCCUUAACGUCGAUCUAAACGAGUUCCAAACCAACUUGGUUCCCUAUCCACGAAUCCAUUUCCCUCUUGUGACUUACGCUCCUGUUAUCUCUGCUGAGAAGGCCUACCAUGAGCAGUUCAGCAUCGCAGACCUCACUGGUGCCUGCUAUGAGCCAGAAAACCAGAUGGUUAAGUGCGAUCCUCGUCAUGGCAAGUACAUGGCCUGCUGUCUGCUCUACCGUGGCGAUGUCGUCCCUAAGGAUGUCAAUGCCGCUAUCGCCAACAUCAAGACCAAGCGCACCAUCCAGUUCGUCGACUGGUGUCCAACUGGCUUCAAGGUCGGGAUCAACAACCAGCCGCCCACCGUCGUGCCUGGUGGUGAUCUGGCCAAGGUGCAGCGUGCCGUUUGCAUGCUGAGCAACACCACGGCCAUCGCUGAGGCCUGGGCUCGUCUGGAUCACAAGUUUGAUCUGAUGUACGCCAAGCGUGCCUUCGUCCACUGGUACGUGGGAGAGGGUAUGGAGGAGGGUGAGUUCUCUGAGGCUCGUGAGGAUCUGGCAGCCUUGGAGAAGGAUUACGAGGAAGUCGGUACCGAUUCUGCUGAGGAUGAAGAGGAAGACGCAGACGGCGGAGAAUAUCGUGAAUGUAUCUCAGUCCAUGUCGGCCAGGCCGGAGUCCAGAUGGGCAAUGCAUGCUGGGAGCUUUACUGCCUGGAACACGGCAUCCAACCUGAUGGUCAGAUGCCCAGUGACAAGUCCCUCGGAGGUGGUGACGACUCAUUCAACGCCUUUUUCAGCGAGACUGGCGCUGGCAAGCACGUCCCUAGAGCCGUUUUCAUCGAUCUUGAGCCCACAGUUGUGGAUGAGGUUCGCACCGGCACCUAUCGCCAGCUCUUCCACCCUGAGCAGCUGAUCACAGGCAAGGAAGAUGCCGCCAACAACUAUGCCAGGGGUCACUACACUGUGGGCAAGGAGCGUAUUGACCUUGUCAUGGAUCGAGUACGAAAGUUGGCUGAUCAGUGCACGGGUCUCCAAGGUUUCCUUAUCUUUCACAGUUUCGGUGGAGGCACUGGCUCUGGCUUCACAUCCCUAUUGAUGGAGCGUCUCUCCGUUGAUUAUGGCAAGAAGUCCAAGCUGGAGUUUGCCAUCUACCCGGCUCCUCAAGUCUCUACAGCUGUUGUGGAGCCUUACAAUUCAGUCCUGACCACCCACACCACCCUGGAGCACACUGACUGCGCCUUUAUGGUCGACAACGAGGCAAUCUAUGACAUCUGUCGUCGCAACCUCGACAUCGGACGACCGACUUACACCAACCUCAACCGUCUAAUCGGUCAGAUUGUGUCCUCCAUCACUGCAUCGCUGCGCUUCGAUGGUGCCCUGAACGUCGACCUAACCGAGUUCCAGACCAACUUGGUGCCCUACCCACGCAUUCACUUUCCGCUUGUUACCUAUGCACCUGUCAUCUCUGCUGAGAAGGCCUACCAUGAGCAAAUGACCGUUGCAGAGAUCACCAACGCCUGUUUCGAGCCGGCCAACCAGAUGGUGAAGUGCGAUCCUCGUCACGGCAAGUACAUGGCCUGCUGUCUACUCUUUCGAGGUGAUGUUGUCCCUAAGGAUGUCAACGUUGCCAUAGCAACCAUCAAGACCAAGCGCACCAUUCAGUUCGUUGACUGGUGUCCAACUGGCUUCAAGGUGGGCAUCAACUACCAGCCGCCCACCGUCGUACCUGGCGGUGAUCUGGCCAAGGUGCAGCGUGCUGUUUGCAUGCUGAGCAACACCACAGCCAUCGCAGAGGCCUGGGCUCGUCUGGAUCACAAGUUUGACCUGAUGUACGCCAAGCGUGCCUUCGUCCACUGGUACGUGGGAGAGGGUAUGGAGGAGGGCGAGUUCUCUGAGGCUCGUGAAGAUCUGGCAGCCUUGGAGAAAGAUUACGAGGAGGUCGGAGUAGAUUCUGCAGAAGGCGAGGAAGAGGAGGGGGAAUACUAA